UACGCACAAUAUUUGGGAGUAAAAUCGAUUCCACGGUUUCCACUUCCACCCGCUCUAAAGAAACAAAGAAGCAGAUUGUACUUUCAAUUUCAAACGACGGACUCCGCAAUCCAUGAUCUCCCGCGCUGCGUAAAGGCUUGAGACUAACAGCUUGCAUUUGAUUCUAGUAGAGGAGUGAGGAGAUGGGAAGUACGGCCUGUUUCAUUAUUGUCAGCAGGAAUGAUAUACCCAUAUACGAGGCUGAAGUGGGUUCCGCAAUUAAAAAAGAAGAAGCCACCCAUCAGCAUCAAUUUAUAUUACAUGCAGCUUUGGAUAUUGUUCAGGACCUUGCAUGGACUACAAGUGCAAUGUUCUUGAAGGCAGUGGACAGGUUCAAUGAUUUGGUGGUGUCUGUAUACGUUACAGCAGGUCAUACAAGAUUGAUGUUGCUUCAUGACUCCCGUAAUGAAGAUGGAAUUAGAAGCUUUUUCCAAGAGGUUCAUGAGCUUUAUAUAAAGAUUCUUCUCAACCCUCUCUACUUACCUGGGUCCCGCAUCACAUCAUCACACUUUGAUACAAAAGUUCGAGCCCUGGCUAGAAAGUAUCUGUAAGUCAAUCCUCUCAAAUGGAGACAAGGAGUUCAUGGGAAGCAACGUGAAAGGGUCACUAGGCUUCCAAAACUUCAUAUCAACACCUGUCCUGUGAUAAUCGUUAAUAGUUACAUUGUCUUUUAUGUGUUUGAAAGUAGUUUGAUUUAUCAUUUACUGCUUUUAAUUAAAGAUUAUUAGGGAAAAAAAUUGAUAACCUCUUAUUCAUGUUAUCUAUUGACUUGUUGAAGUGCUACAUUGAUGGCUCUAAGCACCAUAUUUUGAAGAGAGAAGGACCUAAUUUAGAAGUACAGAAGUUUAAUAUACAAUGUAUUGUAUAUGAAACAAGUAAUUGUACUACUAUUUUCAUUUUUUUUUUCAACCACACUAGGCUGUGCUUAGGCAGAUCCAUAAUACAAGGCAAUUUUUCUGCUUUUGCGGAAAGAAA